CCCAACGCACGCCCGUCGUCGUCGUCGAUACACACGCAGCAAUGGCCGCCAUGACUGUCGCCGCUUCCGCUCUCGCCGCUCGCUCGGUCGUGACGAGCAAGUUCUCCGUGAAGUCCCAGAACAAGGCUCGCGUCGCUUUCCGCGUCCGCGCUGAGGACGCCAAGGCUGAGGCCGCCGCGCCCGCGGAGAAGAAGCCCGAGCCGAUCGGCCCCCCUCGCGGGAGCCAGGUGAAGAUCCUGCGCCCGGAGAGCUACUGGUUCAACGAUUACGGCAAGGUCAUCUCCGUGGACCAGAGCGGGGUGCGUUACCCGGUCGUCGUGCGUUUCGAGAAGGUGAACUACGCCGGCGUCUCUACGAACAACUACGCCCUGGACGAGAUCGAGUACUAAGCGACCGGCCGGCGCGACGCGCGACGCGGAGUCGGAUAUUAAACGCCGACGCCGCGCGUCCUCGCGAGUGGGGAAGAAGGGUUAACACGGUAUUACGCGUCCCGGUGGGCGCCGCUGAUGUACUAGCAACGAUUAGGGAGAGAGGAGGAGGGAGAGGAGAAGAGAGAAGAGAAGAAAGAACGCGGCGACGGGUCGAUCGCCGCGCCGCGCGAGCGGGAACGGAUGCGCUCCGUCUCGACUCGCGCGCGGCGGAUCGCGUCGCACAGCUGUCGCGUCGUACUCGAUGGCGCGUCGCGAGCUCGUCGGUAGUUUGAAAUGAGGAUCACGACCGCCGACGGGUCUACAACCAACCGAUCGAGUCUGCGCGAUACUAAACGGCCGACUACUCUGACCGCGGCGAGAGAGGGUCGACGCGACGCCGCCGUCCGAUCCGGGCUCCGUCUACGCACGGUAGUCUAUUAUUCUCUCCGGC